UAGUAUAGAGUUCACUGACUGUAGGUAAACAAAAGUGAAACAAAACACAAAACAAAGUUUUUGUAAACAAAGUAAAAAUAAUUAUUUAUUUUCUUACUUAAUUUGCAGUUUCGUAAUCUAAGUUAGUUAUUUUAUUUUUUUCAAACUCACAAGAAUAUUCCAUAAUUAUUUCGAUUAAUAUCAAUUAUAUUGAUAAGUAAACCUUUUGAUAAGGGUGUUUUCCAGAUCUCAGUCAUGGAUGACGAUCAUGACGAUGAAAUGGGCUGGGAUCCCGAAAUGGCAGAUGGUGAUUCCGAUGGAGGGGAGGAAAGUAUGGAAAAUCCCCAAGAAGUUUUGAAGGAAUGUUUGGAAAAAUUUAGUACACCCGAUUACAUUAUGGAGCCUGGAAUCUUCUCUCAAUUGAAAAAAUAUUUCCAAGCUGGAGGAAACCCAGAACAGGUUAUAGAACUGCUGUCUGACAACUACAAAGCUGUAGCACAGAUGGCUAAUCUGGUUGCCGAAUGGUUAAUUCUUGGUGGUGUGAAAGUAGCAGACGUGCAAGCGAUGGUAGAAAACCAUCUCAAGGACAUGAUCCUCAAAACGUUUGAUCCGAAAAAAGCCGACACAAUUUUCAGCGAGGAAGGAGAGACGCCCGCCUGGCUGACGGAGAUGAUCGAACAUCCAACAUGGCGGUCGCUGAUCUACAGACUGGCUGAGGAGUAUCCCGACUGCCUCAUGCUGAACUUCACCAUCAAACUGAUCUCCGACGCCGGAUUCCAGGGCGAAAUCACCAGCAUAUCGACGGCUGCUCAGCAGAUCGAGGUGUUCUCAAGGGUGCUCAAGACGGCCAUUUCCGGAUUCCUUCAGUGCACUGACGACUGGCAGCAAAGUAUUGAUGAGUGUGCGAAGAUGGUGUGUCACGGACAGCACACGUACGUGUUCGGCCUGGUGCUGCUGCAGGUGCUGUCGCUGGAGCCGAAGGGCGGCUCCUGCAUGAAGCGGCUGGCGCAGGAGAUCACACGAUGCGCCCAGCGCAGUCGGCAUGACGUCACACCCAUCACCAUGGCGCUCAACGGCGCCGCCAAGUACCCGCACGCCUGUCAGGCGCUGCUCAGCAUGAUGGCCCGCAACUCGCUCAAUCCUGCCGAUAUUUCCGUGUUGUAUCGAAACUACAACGCGAUGGAGCCACCUCCCAUUGACCUGAUUCGCACGCCACAACUGCUGGAGCUGCUGGUUGACUCGCUGUUUAAGCCAGGCGUCAAGCUGAACCCCGAGCACAAGUCCAAGUACAUCUACCUGCUGGCCUACGCUGCCUCGGUCAGCGAGCUGGGCCGCAACAUCAACAAGGACGAGCUGAAGGUCACUGUGCAGGCUGUCGAGAAGGUGCACACCAUCUGCACCACCAUCAAGGGCUCCUCCGAACUCAUUGCCGAGCUGUCGGCGCUCUAUCACUGUAUAAGGUACCCAGUGGUGUCAGUGGGCGUGGUGCGAUGGGUGGAGUGCACGGUGACUGAGCCGAGCUACUUUAAGCUGUGCACCGAACACACUCCCAUCCACUUGGCCGUGCUCGACGAGGUUGUCACCUGCCACCACCUCCUCCAUCACAGGGUCCUCCAGCUCUUCAUCAACCUCUUCGAAUCCAAGCAGGACGAGCUGGAGAUUCUGGUUCAGCUUGAAAUGCGAAAAAUGCUGCUGGAUCGUAUGGUGAACCUUCUGAGCAGAGGCUGUGUUGUUCCUGUAGUGAAAUACAUCAAGCAGUGCUGGGAUCGAGGCGACACUGACAUAUCUCUAAUAAGAUAUUUCGUCACCGAGGUACUAGAAGCAAUUGCUCCACCUUAUACUCCUGAAUUUGUGCAGCUGUUUCUGCCGAUUGUGGAGAACGAAGAGAUCACCGGAACCAUGCGAGGAGAUGGAGAGAACGACCCAGUCUCCGAGUUCAUAGUUCACUGCAAGGCUCACUACAUGGUCAUACAUUGAUAAAUGCCGCCAUACUAGGUCUAACUAGAGCUGUCAGUGUACAUCAAAAAACUAAUGCUAUCAAUAAUAUUUAUGUUUAAACUCAUUCAUACUGAAUGUUUGAAAAAAUGUGAAACCUAGCUACAUUUGGACUGUCGUAUAAAUUAGAAUUGGACCCGUUAUAGCCUUAGGCCUUUGGAACUUCUCUGGAAGUUGUAUUGCUAAAUGAUUGCUUGUUUGAAUACAUACUGAAAACAUCCACUUCCUAUUAAAAUUAUAGUGUUUUUGUGUUACAAAAAGAACUGAUUAUCAAUAAUUUUAUAUAUAUAUAUAAUCUUCUUAGUAUUCAUCAAGCAUGAAUUAUAGGUGUAAAUUAUUGCGUUUAGUUUUAUAAAAUUGUUUUUAAUGUUCGCUGGAACUAUUUUUGAUGCUCUUUUGCUGUUGUUAUAAACGGCCACUGACAUUUCUUUAAUUUUUAAGAUGUUUUAUAAAUACUUUGAGUUUCUUGCUCUGCAAUAAUUGAACAAGAUUUCAAGGAAAAUUAUUAUAUUAUGACAUAUUAAUUUGAUUUGGAUAGAUUAUUAGAAAUUAAACUAUCCAUUUUCAAAAAUCUAUCAAUAAUUUCAGUUUAAACUCAUUCAUACUGAAUGUUUGAAAAAAUGUGAAACCUAGCUACAUUUGGACUGUCCUAUAAAUUAGAAUUGGAACCGUUAUAGCCUUAGGCCUUUGGAACUUUUCUGGAAGUUGUAAUGCUAAAUGAUUGCUUGUUUGAAUACAUACUGAAAACAUCCACUUCCUAUUAAAAUGAUAGUGUUUUGUAUUACAAAAAGAACUGGUUAUCAAUAAUUUGAUAUAUAUAUAUAUAAUCUUCUUACUAUUCAUCAAGAAUGAAUUAUAGAUGUAAAUUAUUGCGUUUAGUUUUAUAAUAGUUAUUUGUAUAUCUAGAGUGAAAAGUACAGUUUGUACUUUUCCCUGAGGGAAAAGUUUGAAGCCCGAGGCGAAGCCGAGGGCAACAAUUUUCCUGAGGGAGAAAAAACAUUUUUUACUCGUGAUGUACACAACAUUUUUCCUCCACCUACAUUUUUUUAAAAACUGCAAAUAAAAUAAUUUUUGAAAACUUUCGUGACCAGUAAAAUGUGUUACAACAUAACUUAAAAAUUAAACAGCUGGCUUGUAAUCACACAGUUUACCGCCGACAGCGCUAUCUUGUAACAACAAUGGCCGCCGACUCGACUACAACACUAUGAUGAAGUUCCCGUUUCAAAUUUGAUUAGUUAAUGAAGAAUAUUCGUUGGUUGGUAUUCUGAAUAACAUGGAAUAUAAAAAAAUAUUUAUACAUUUUUAUAGUAUACUGAUAUGAAGUUUGUAAUAAUUUUAGCAUGAAACAUAUAUUUCAUAUAUUGAUCAAAUGUUUGGUUGAGGUAAUGACUACUUAAAAUUUAGUUGGUUUAAUGACUACUCUAAGUGCUUCCUCAUCUGAGCUUAGACCUUCUAACCUAUUUCAAAUGAAAGUUUUAAAAAUAGAGAUGCUUCCCAUGCUAUUUAAAUGGAGUCACUUUUACGCUCUAGGGAGUUUCUCUGUUUUUCCUCCCGAGAGCGAAAAAGUGACACUUUAGUAUUAUGUUUCAGGGAGUAAAGUAGGCUCUUCAGACAGUAGGUAGAGGAAAAAUUGAUUUUAAUGUUCGCUGGAACUAUUGUUGAUGCUGUUUUGCUGUUGUUAUAAACGACCACUGACAUUUCUUCAAUUUUUAAGAUGUUUUAUAAAUACUUUGAGUUUCUUGCUCUGCAAUAAUAAUUGAACAAGAUUUCAAGGAAAAUUAUUAUAUUAUGACAUAUUAAUUUGAUUUGGAUAGAUUAUUAGAAAUUAAACUAUCCAUUUUCAAAAA